AUGGCAAGAGCUGGCCUGGCUGCCCUGCUCCGGGUCUUUGUGGGGCAAGAGGCCGAGCAGGGAGGCAAGGGCAAGGGCAGGGGCAGGGCUGCAGCCCCGACCGCCCUUCCCUGCCUCCCUGGCCCUGUUUGCCCAGGGAAAUCCUGGGGGCGGCCACAAAGGGGGGGGACAUCUGAGCCGAGCAGGAAGGAGCCGGAGCCGGAGCCGGAGCCGGAGCCGGAGCCGGCCUCCUCCGCGUCGCUGCACCGCCUUUCGGGCCUGUCUCCGGAGUCGCAGCGGGGAGGGCUGGUGGUGCGGAAGCGGAGCGCCACCGAGGAGCAGCACGUCUUCAAGAUCCCGGCGCCGAGGACCUCGCUGCUCGGCCUCGACCUCCUGGCCGCCCAGAAGCGCCGCGAGCGAGAGGAGCGGGCCGAGGCUGCCGGCGGAGAGGCGGAGCGGAAGAGGCCCCGCAUCGCCUCCUCCUCCUCCCCGAAGGACUGGGCCGAGGAGGCGGCUGCAAGGGACGACGCGGACGUCGCCGGCGGAGAGGAAGGGGACGCAGACCCCGCUAAUGCCGCCUCCGGGCGCAGCGGGCGCAAGGACCGGCACUACCGCUCUGCGCGCGCGGAGACGCCGUCACACACCGGCGGAGUCAGCGAGGAGUUCUGGGAGCGCAGCCGGCAGCGGGAGCGGGAGCGGCGGGAGCAAGGGGUCUACGCUUCCUCCAAGGAGGAGAAGGAGCGCAAGAGGGACCACGACCGCAAGCGCGACCACCGAGAAGAACGGGACCGAAGUCGGCGCAGCAGCGGAGGGGGCGGCCGCUCUGAGAGGGAGUCCUCCUCCUCAGAGAGGGGCAGCAGCAGCAGCAGCAGCAGCCGGAAGAGCGAGCCGGAAAGCCCUCGCCACCGACCCAAAGAUGCGGCUACUCCUUCGCGCUCAGGCUGGGAAGAAGAGGACAGCGCCUACAGCUCUUCGCGUCGCUCGCAAUGGGAGUCCCCUUCCCCUGCCCCCUCCUACCGGGACUCCGAGCGCAGUCAGCGAGGGUCUGCUUCCCGUGAGAGCGACAGGCGGGACCGCGACCGGUCCCUGAGGAGCCGUUACCCAGAGGAGACGCCGUUGCCAACCCCUUCCUACAAGUACAACGAAUGGGCAGACAACCAGCGUCACUCAGGCGCCACCCCUUGGCUCUCUAGAGGCAGAGGGAAGCGCGAAGAUGGGGAAGAUGGCAUCGCCUUUGAAACGGAGGAGGAGCGGCAGCAGUGGGAGGAGGACCAGCGGCAAGCGGACAGGGACUGGUACAUGAUGGACGAAGGCUAUGAUGAGUUCCACAACCCCCUGGCCUCCUCCUCAGAGGAGUACGUACGCAAACGGGAACAGCACCUGCAGAAGCAGAGGCAGAAGCGCAUCUCUGCUCAGCGCAGGCAAAUCAAUGAGGACAAUGAGCGCUGGGAGACGAACCGCAUGCUGACCAGUGGUGUGGUGCACCGGCUGGAGGUGGAUGAGGACUUUGAAGAGGAUAACGCCGCCAAGGUUCACCUCUUGGUCCACAACCUGGUGCCACCCUUCCUGGAUGGGCGCAUUGUUUUCACCAAACAGCCGGAGCCCGUGAUCCCUGUCAAGGAUGCCACUUCGGACCUGGCAAUCAUCGCCCGCAAGGGGAGCCAGCUGGUGCGGAAGCACCGGGAGCAGAAGGAACGCAAGAAGGCCCAGCACAAGCACUGGGAGCUGGCAGGCACCAAACUGGGCAACAUCAUGGGCAUCAAAAAGGAGGAAGAGGAAGAGGGGGCCAAGCAGAUCCUGGCUGAGGAUGGCAGUGUGGAUUACAGGACAGAACAAAAGUUUGCUGACCACAUGAAAGAGAAGAGUGAAGCCAGCAGUGAGUUUGCCAAGAAGAAGUCAAUUGUGGAGCAGAGGCAGUACCUGCCCAUCUUUGCUGUACAACAGGACCUGCUGACGGUCAUUCGAGACAACAGCAUUGUGAUUGUUGUGGGAGAGACCGGCAGUGGCAAAACGACACAGCUGACACAGUAUCUUCAUGAGGACGGGUACACGGAUUACGGCAUGAUUGGCUGCACACAGCCCCGUCGGGUGGCAGCCAUGUCGGUGGCCAAGCGUGUCAGUGAAGAGAUGGCUGUGAGCCUGGGGGAGGAGGUGGGGUAUGCCAUCCGCUUUGAGGACUGCACCUCUGAGAACACGGUCAUCAAGUACAUGACAGAUGGAAUCCUGCUGCGGGAGUCUUUGCGUGAGGCAGACCUUGAUCACUACAGUGCCAUCAUCAUGGACGAGGCUCAUGAGCGCUCGCUCAACACCGACGUGCUGUUUGGCCUCCUGCGUGAAGUGGUGGCUCGGCGCUCUGACCUGAAACUGAUUGUGACCUCAGCCACCAUGGAUGCAGAGAAAUUUGCUGCUUUCUUUGGGAACGUGCCCAUUUUUCACAUCCCGGGCCGCACCUUCCCAGUGGAUGUCCUCUUUAGCAAGACCCCGCAGGAGGAUUACGUGGAGGCAGCAGUGAAGCAGGCCCUGCAAGUGCACCUCUCCAGCGCCCCUGGAGACAUCCUCAUCUUCAUGCCGGGCCAGGAGGACAUUGAGGUCACCUCAGAGCAGAUUGUGGAGCACCUGGAGGAGCUGGAGAACGCCCCCGCCCUGGCUGUGCUGCCCAUCUAUUCCCAACUGCCUUCGGAUCUGCAGGCCAAGAUCUUCCAGAAGGCACCAGACGGAGUCCGGAAGUGCAUCGUGGCCACCAAUAUUGCAGAGACUUCCCUGACAGUAGAUGGGAUCAUGUUUGUGAUCGACUCUGGCUACUGCAAGCUGAAGGUCUUCAACCCACGGAUUGGCAUGGAUGCCCUGCAGAUCUACCCCAUCAGCCAGGCCAAUGCCAACCAGCGCUCAGGCAGGGCUGGAAGGACGGGACCAGGUCAGUGUUUCAGGCUCUACACUCAGAGCGCCUACAAGAAUGAGCUGCUGACCACCACUGUCCCGGAGAUUCAGCGCACCAACCUGGCCAAUGUGGUGCUGCUGCUGAAGUCUCUGGGAGUCCAGGACCUGCUCCAGUUCCACUUCAUGGACCCGCCUCCAGAGGACAAUAUGCUCAACUCCAUGUACCAGUUGUGGAUCCUAGGGGCCUUGGACAACACAGGUGGGCUGACCUCCACGGGUCGCCUGAUGGUGGAGUUUCCCCUGGACCCGGCUCUCUCCAAGAUGCUGAUCGUUUCCUGCGACAUGGGCUGCAGUUCCGAGAUCCUGCUCAUUGUUUCCAUGCUCUCUGUGCCAGCCAUUUUCUACCGGCCGAAGGGCCGGGAGGAAGAGAGCGACCAGGUGCGGGAGAAGUUUGCUGUCCCAGAGAGUGACCAUCUGACCUACCUGAACGUGUAUCUGCAGUGGAAGAGCAACAGCUACUCCACCCUCUGGUGCAGUGAGCACUUCAUCCAUGCAAAGGCUAUGCGCAAAGUGCGGGAGGUACGAGCGCAGCUGAAGGACAUCAUGGUGCAGCAGCGCAUGAGCCUGGCCUCCUGCGGCACUGACUGGGAUGUCGUUCGCAAGUGCAUCUGCGCUGCUUACUUCCACCAGGCUGCCAGACUAAAGGGCAUUGGGGAAUAUGUCAACAUUCGCACGGGGAUGCCCUGCCACCUGCACCCCACCAGCUCACUUUUUGGCAUGGGCUACACUCCAGACUACAUUGUUUACCAUGAGCUCGUAAUGACCACCAAGGAGUAUAUGCAGUGUGUCACUGCUGUGGAUGGUGAAUGGCUGGCCGAAUUGGGGCCCAUGUUCUACAGCAUCAAACACGCCGGCAAGUCUCGCCAGGAGAGUCGCAGGCGGGCCAAGGAGGAAGCAUCUGCCAUGGAGGAGGAGAUGGCACUGGCAGAGGAGCAGCUCCGUGCCCGCAGGGAAGAGCAAGAGCGACGCAACCCUGUGGGCAGCAUCAGGUCCGCCAAGAUCUACACGCCAGGGCGGAAGGAACAAGGGCAGCCUGCCACCCCACGCCACACGCCGGCUCGCUUUGGUCUGUAGCAGCCCACACUGUGUACAUAGGCCCCCUCCCGCUGCCCUGGCCUGGGCAGGGCCCAUCCUUGACAGACACUGAGAAAUAAUUUUAUUGUUUCUAUAAAUGUUGCUGCUUGCUGGCCA